AUGUGCGUAAACGGUGGUGGUGAGCCUGCUUCUCGUGUGAAAUUUAUCUGUAAUACAGAUGAACGACUUCUGUGUCCCUUCUGCAAGGAUAUUUUCAAUGAACCUUGGCAAACCUCUUGUGGACAUCGAUUUUGUAAAAAGUGUCUGGACGCGCUCUUAAGGUAAACUGUUUAAAAUCGUUUAACCACCACCUCUCUCUCCAAGAGGCUGCUUUGUCCUUUGUUUUAACCACCAGAAAUAGUGAUGCUUUUGGAACACAAAGGGGACACGGCCGGCCUACAGCUCUUACAAUCACAUUCACAUCCAUUUUAUUGUUGUCGCAGAGUAUAUCAGUCAGAAUUCAGACAGAAUCAAGAGCCCCCAAUUUUUCUUCUGACCUUUUCCUUAAAAAGAACUCAGGCUCCAAGGCUUGCUGUUUUAGACAUUUUCUGAACACAGGUUGUGUUCUCUUAUGCUUUGCAGACUUGAUGUUCCCAAAUGCCCGUUGGACGGAGAAAAAAUUAUACGAGAUCAAUACUUUCGGGACAGAUGCUGCGAGAGAGAAGUUCAUAAUGUUCAAUGUUUUUGUCGAUAUAGAGACAUUGGCUGCGAUUGGAAAGGAGAAUUGGGAUACUUAAAGGUAGGAUUAAAGCAAUCACUUGGUACGACGUUGACGCAUGUUUAAUCUAGCUACGCAGUGACGAACCUUUUUUUACAGAGUUCAAACAAAGUUGCAAUUUUUAAUGCUUCUUAAUUUCAGUAAAACAAAAAAGAUACUUUAACUGAUAUAUUUCUGAUAUUUAUUAAAUUCCCGAAAUAUGAAGGCCCACGUUUCAUGAAGUUCAUUUUUUCCAACUGACAAAAGCAAAAAAAACAAAACAAAACAAAACAAAACAAUGAUCAUUUUUCAAUGCCUAAGGUCUGUUAUCUCAGUUUUUUUGGAAAGCGCGUGACGUGGUGCUUAGCCUGUUCCAGGCGUUGAGAUAGUAAGUGGGGAGCGAGUUAAGUUGUAGUCUCCCCUCGUUUUUUUUUUCUUCGUGAAUUUUUCUCCCGCGCUAUACUAUCCGAACGCCUGGAACAGGCUACGUGGUGUUGUAUUGACCGGCCAGUGCUCCGACCAUAUAUAGAAAUUUUUAAAACUGCCUAAACAGCCACCCACUAGCUUUCUUGAGGCCCGACGCGCUGCUAACGACGGGGGUGACGCAGGCAGUCACUCUUCACACGUCAAUAACUGCCCAUCCGUUCCGCCAUGAACGGGGCAGACAACUAAGCUUUCGCUAUUGUUCUCCAUUUCUCUUACAAGCUGACUCCUGUCAUUUUUGCAGAAACAUGAAGAUAUAUGUCAGUAUGGCGAUGAGCAGUGCCAAGCAUGUGGAGAGUCAGUGGAGAGAAGGCAUCUUGAACAACACAGAACAAAGGACUGUAUCAACAGAGCCGUGGCCUGUACAUACUGUGGUGGGGAGGUUCUCCAAAGCAACAUGGAGGUAAGAAAUACAUGAGCUUCACCUUUACUAUAAACCCAACUAAAAAAAGUAUUUGGGCGUUUAACUGAUGUUAUAACUAACUGACCUCAUAAACAGUGCAUAAAAUAUCUCAAUACUUCUUUGAACAUCAGCAAAUGGCACAUGGUGGUACAAGGUGAUAGCAGCGAAGAAAACAAAGGCUCACUGUGUUUUGUAUGCGCGUCUGUCGCACUUUAAUUAUUCUUUAACCAACGUUUCCCGCGGUUUGUAUUGCCAUCUUAUUUCCCAAGUUCCGAUAUUUCUUAAAUUGGUAGCGGCUCCUUUGAAUCAAGCCACAAAGUCUGUCUAUAACACAAGGAUUAGGCGAAAUCACGUACCAUUACUGAAUAAAUGAUGCAGGUUAGGUUGGAGUUAAGUAUACUGAUCCCGGGUACUGAUUGGAAAUGUGAAAUACUUACCAUAGAUAAAUGGGCUUAUGCAUGAUGAAAGCGCAAAUCCAUAACUUGACUUUACGGCCAGUCCGUCACUGCAAUACACUUUUAAUCGUCACGGCUAUUUUCCUUUCAGAAUCAUGGAGAAGUCUGUUUUAAAUUUCCCAUGGAAUGCAAAUUGAAAUGUGGUCAAGACAACAUACCGCGUGACAUGAUGGAGGAACACGUGACUACACUUUGUCCUAAGGCGGAACAUUUGUGCCCUUUCAGUUGUCAAGGUUGCCAUUAUAGAGUAAGUAUUAUUUUCGGUUUGUGUUUUACAGCAAGCAUAAAGAGGUCGAGAAAACUGCUUUCCUGUUGGCGAUGGCAUUUUUCUCUAGUUAAAGUUAAUAAAAGCUUAUACUUAAUCUAA